GACAUCGGGACUAGCCCCUUAUGUUUGUUACAUAAUCCACACUAUGCCCAAAGCGGCAACAACCCAUCCGACCAAACCCAAGAUUCCCAGGAGCAAUGGGCAAGGCGUUGUAUCUCAUCUCUCUACUCUUUUAACGAUCUCCCAAGGUCUGUGUCUCCUCUGUCUGUCGACAAAUAUCCAACCACCCGCCCGCUGCCCUUCCCACAAUCAGACACACAUAUAGCACUACUCUGCUCCUAAGCAAAUCCCCGUCUCCGCAUACAGACCUCGCCUAAGAGAUAUGAGCCGCAGCACCAAGCUUGCCCCGGAAGCCAACAGGAUCCUUUUUGUGAAGAACCUUAGCUACAACGUCACCGCAGAGGAGCUUUUUGACCUUUUCGGGAAAUUUGGCCCUAUUCGUCAAAUACGUCAGGGCAUUGCAGCAAACUCGAAGGGCACUGCAUUCGUCGUGUACGAGGAUGUUGUCGAUGCCAAGCAGGCCUGUGAUAAAUUGAAUGGAUUCAAUUUCCAGAACAGAUAUCUUGUCGUGCUAUACCAUCAACCUGAGAAGAUGGCCAGAUCGAGGGAAGAUUUGGCCACCCGACAAGAAAACCUAGAACGACUAAAACAACAACACGGCAUCGACUGAUUUUUCGUCUUCUUCCCUCGUUUUUUGUUUGCAUGCAUGUCUCUCUUUCUUGUUAGUUAUUUAUUUCCCCCCACGGUUAUCUUCUCUUUUUCCUUAUCUUCUUUUUUCCCUCCCAUUCCCCCCCUAUCAUCAUAUGAUUAAAAACCCCAUUCGAUGUAUUCCUCUCUUCCAAGUGUGACAAAUCGUUUUCCAAAGUCACUUAUUUGGAGAACAUUUACCUCUCCUACCACUACGCCUUGCGGAGCUAGAGAGGUGCACCUCUAAUUUAUCCUGGGAGGACGGUGUGCAACAAUAUUUGGGUCUUUAUUUUUAUUUUAUUUUUUUUUAUCUUUUUAUCGAUUGGCUUCGUUGCCUACACUCCUCAUUGCCUUCCUCCCGUUUUUUUCUUCUUCUUUUUCAUUUUCCAUUUUUUUUCUUCCUCAUGAUAUUGACACGUCAGACUCAUGUUCAUUACGAUUAGUACUGUUAUUUGUUUAUUUCCCCUAAUAGGUUUAUAUAGGGAGGAUACGGCAGAAUGUCAGCAGAAAUAUGCAGUUAUAUUAAGUUUUACAAAUAACAAAUAAGGAAUGAAAUACGAAAACUUAGAGACGUAGGAAAGAGGGAGAAAACUGAGUGUUCUCCUCUCUCUCCCCCAGCCGGGAUGCUGCCCUCGGUGAAAGCUCAUGGAACCUUUCGUGGUUUGGGGUUAUUCGUUGGCCGCCUUAUUAUUAUAAAGAAUCACACCUUUCGAAGAAAUCUGUUUAAGGUUUCUGUUUGACAUAUUCGAAGAUUUCUUCUUCAACUACAGAGUAUUGAGGUUAACUAU